CUUCCUGUUUUCCUAUCUCCCUUGCUUUUGUGUGUCGUCUUCUCCUCCCUCUCACUACGUAGACAAAGAAGGGAGAGAGAGAGAGAGGAGCGAGUUGGGUAAAAGCACGAGGAGCUCCAAGGAAGCGAGAACCCUAAGGUCUCUGGAAAGGUGGAAAAGGUCAAUUCUCCACUCAUUUUUCACACUCCAUGUUGCAUUCUCGCACUGCCUGUUUCUAGUAAUUGCAAUGCAAUAUAGUAUAUCUCUGAUCUUGACAUCAAGGAAACUGUUAGAUGCCAGUAAUCCAUGCUUUUGGAAGUUGAUAUAGGCCUACCGUUGAAUCUAUAGUGGGUUGGGCAUUGAACAUAUAACGAGCCUGAUUUUGUAGGCUUUGACGAGCAUAUAGGAAGCACAAUAGCGGAGUUGAGUUGCAGGUAAUGUUAAGGAUUCGCUUGAGAUGGAUAGAUUCUCGGAACUGAAGACAGUGCUUGCUCAUCUGCCUUCUGUGAAUCACACAAUGGAUUUGCAUGGGAAUAGUGUGAAAAAUGAAGAAGAUUCAUCCAAUGCUGUGAAGACUUCAGAUUUAGAUGCUACUAUACCCAGAAAAGCAUGGAAAGGCAAGACCCCUUUCACAGAAGAGAAGGAGUUAGCACUGGAAGUCAAUAGCUUUAGGAGGACGGACUCUUACAAAGAUUGGGGGCAGUCAUCUUUCUUGGGGGCAAGUCAUCCCAUGGAACCUGUUGAUACUGAUCACAUGAAAGCAGCAUAUGUAGCAAUCAAUCAGGACAAGUCUGAAGCUGGGUGCUUGAUGAGAGGUCUGUCUGUAAAAGUCCCUUUUAUAGAAGAUAUUUCAAUUCAGGUUCCUGCAGUCAAAUCAAAUGAAGUGCUUCUAUCACCAAAAGAAAGAUCAAUCGAGGAACAAAAUGAAGUGGGAACAGAGAGUUCUUUGUUUUCUGUUCCCUGUGCAUCACAAUCAACAGAGGCGACAUGUGAUGGGCAUGAUUCUGAAGAAAAGGAGUGCGUCUGGGAUGCUUCCCUCCCCCCAAGUGGCAAUGUCAGUCCUCAUAGCAGCAUUGCGAGCACCAGUGUGAUAACUGCAAUGAGUAUUGUAAACAGCUGCACAAGCACGUAUCGAAGUGAAGGAAUUACUAGUGACGGUAUGCUCAGUGUGGAAAGGACCUGUGGAAGUGUCAAGGGAAGUGUGCGAGGGGAUUCGCUUGAGAGUGCUAAAAGCAGCGUCAGCAGAGCAAGUGAUAGCAGUGGUCUCAGUGAUGAUAGUAACUGGAGUAAUGUUACUGGGAGUGCUAAUAAGCCUCACAAGGGGAAUGAUUCAAGAUGGAAAGCUAUUCUUGCAGUUAGGGCUAGGGAUGGUAUUUUGGGGAUGAGUCAUUUUCGACUUCUCAAACGGCUUGGUUGUGGUGAUAUUGGUAGUGUUUAUCUGUCUGAACUGAGUGGCACAAGAUGCUACUUUGCAAUUAAAGUAAUGGACAAGGCAUCAUUGGCAAGCAGGAAGAAGCUUACAAGGGCUCAAACUGAAAGAGAGAUUCUCCAGCUUCUGGAUCACCCGUUCCUGCCUACUUUGUACACACACUUUGAGACUGACAGGUUCUCAUGCUUGGUGAUGGAGUUCUGCCCUGGUGGUGAUUUGCACACACUGAGACAGCGCCAGCCUGGAAAGCACUUCUCUGAAUAUGCAGCAAGAGAUCUGAAGCCUGAAAAUGUGCUUGUUCGUGAUGAUGGCCACAUAAUGCUUUCAGAUUUUGAUCUAUCAUUAAGGUGUGCUGUCUCACCAACACUCAUAAAAAUAUCAUCGUUUGAUUCUGAUCUUUCCAAACGGUCAGCUGGAGCAUUUUGCGUCCAGCCAGCCUGUGUUGAGCCAUCAUCAGUCUGCAUUCAGCCUUCGUGCUUCAUACCAAAAAUUUUCCCACAAAGAAACAAGGAAAAGGAAAGGAAGCCAAAGGUCGAAUCGAUGCACCACUCUUCCGCCCUGCCUCAACUUGUAGCUGAGCCAACAUCUGCCCGGUCAAUGUCCUUUGUUGGGACCCAUGAGUAUUUGGCCCCUGAAAUCAUUAAGGGAGAAGGCCAUGGAAGUGCUGUGGACUGGUGGACGUUCGGCAUAUUACUGCAUGAACUCUUGUAUGGAAAGACACCUUUUAAAGGCUCUGGCAAUAGGGCAACAUUGUUCAACGUGGUCGGCCAGCAGCUUCGGUUCCCUGAAACCCCAUCAACUAGUUAUGCAAGCAGAGAUUUGAUAAGAGGGCUUUUGGUUAAAGAGCCCCAGCAUCGUCUGGGCGUGAAAAGAGGAGCUACCGAGAUAAAGCAGCACCCUUUCUUUGAAGGUGUGAACUGGGCACUCAUACGAUGCAGCACACCACCGGAGGUACCGAGGCCUGUCGAGAUGGAACUUUCAUUGAAGUUUGGGGUUGCAGAAGCUGUGGAGAGUAGCAGUAAGAGGAUGCUAGGGGCAGACAUGAAAUCGGGAGGAAAGUACUUGGACUUCGAGUUCUUUUAGGGGGACUCUAAUUGUAGCUUAUGAUUCUCUCUUCAUGUGUUGGUAGGUCUUCUUAUCAAUUCUAUGACUGUCAAUUUGCUGCAUAUAGAUGGGUACAAGCAUUUCCAUUCUGCAUGCAGUUAGAAGUUUACCUUCUCCAUUUCUUUAGAUGGUAUCCUUAGUAUGAUUGUUUGGUGUAAAAUUCUACUCCAAUCUUGCUCAUCAGUUAAUAUACAAACUCAGAUGAAAUUCCCUGGUCCUGGAAGAUCUCCAUCAUUAUUUUGUCUUCCUGAGGCUUGCAAUGGUCACAUACAUUGUAUUUGGAGGAUCUUUGCAAUGUAUCAAUAAACUAUUGAGUUGGGUCUGUUCAGAUUCAGAUUGUGUUGAUUUUGACAGAGGUUGGUCAUGGAUCCCAGCGCUUUGAAACUAUACAUCCAGAGUGACCUUCCAUGAUCGAAGGUUUGGAAGAUUAAAAGUUGCAGUGCUUCCUUUAUUGGAUAUGGAGAACAUCCAAAGGCCAGAGAUGUUGGAUAUGUAUAAAAAGCUGAAAUCAUUCCUACCAAAAAUUGCCAUAUGUAUUAUGUACACCCGAGAUGUUGGAUAUGUUUUUAGGGGUCUCAAUUUAUGUCUUCA